AUGAGGUCGCGGUCAAACUCUGGAGUUCGACUCGACCACUAUAUGCGGAUGGUGUACAGAACCAUUUUGAACAACGCGGAUCCGGUGACUGGUUUGUUCGCGUCUACUCUGUCCGGCUGUACUGACCACGCGUGGGUCCGCGACAACGUCUACGCUCUGCACAGCGUUUGGAGUUUGGCUCUGGCGUACAAGAAACACACGGAUUUCGACGAAGACCGCGCUAAGGUGUACGAACUUGAGCAGGUAGACAAAAUGUGA